AUGCCGGCUCGUGCGAACAAAGUCAAGUUCGCCGCGGACACGAAACCUGCGAGCUCUUUGGACCCACCAUCUCCAGUGAUCGUAGCCGGUCCGCUCUUCCAUGAGCUGAGAAGACGCAGAGAACUCCUGGAGCAAGGUCCGAUCGCCUUAACACAACAUGUACUACCUCAGCCACCACCUCGUCUACCAAGAUCCGCCAAAGCCAAGCACAAAGCUCGCCUGACCGACAAAGAGAUCGACGUCUACCUCGGAGCGCAUCUGCAAGGCGCGACGCUCAAGCGCACCAAAACCGUCCGCAGCAAACUCCAGAGGCUAGGCCUCGCAGACUCUACGUACGAAGCUCAACGCGAGAGCUACAAGACAACGCUGAUCAAGACCAUCGCUGUCAUCGAAGGAAAGCUUCUCAAAUCCGUCAAACUCGAUCUAGCCCGCUCAGGCAUACAUGAUGACCAGCAGCGCCUGAAAGUAGCUCGUUCGAUGACAUGCUGUGCUGAAUUCGCCGCCACGGCCGAUGCAGAAGCCGACUCUACCAGCGCCUCAAGAGCCCGACGUAAGGCCAAGGAGACCGCCAGCUCUAACAUCAUCACCUGCUCAGACCCUCUCUGCGAGAUCUCCACAUACCACGCUUCCUGUCUAUGGGCUGUCGAGAUUGGAAACUACAAGGAGUUCGCCAAUUUAUGCGCUCGGAACCCCCUGAAGGGCAAGUGGCUGUGUACGCGAUGUGUAGCUUCACGCAGGAACAGUGGAUUCCCGGAGUUACCCGCCAUCCUGAGGGAGCUGAAGCGCGCCGAGGAUGCUAUGAAGUGGCCGCCAAUCGAGAGCGUGGACGCGCGACGCGGUUGGGCGCCUGUAGUUGUUCCAGGUGUGCAGAAGGCAAGAACAGAAGCGGGAAGCGGAGGCUUGGAGGUGUAA